UACUUUUGCUGAAACUGCCUUUGUUCCCAUUAUUGCAAGCAAAGAUUCUCUCCCAUUUUCUAAGACUGGAGAAAACUGCAAAACCCUUUUCUGUAGACUGUGCUGAGCCAGGUGGCGCCAGCAACGGGUGUCUUACAGGAGUCUUUCCGCUGUCUUGCAACUUCUGGAGCAGACAAGCACUCACAAGUCCGCCCUUUCUUCUCUCGCCAGUUCCUCAUGCAUCUUCCCCAAGCUGUUUCUUGGGUCUGACUCUCUUUUCUGCCUCCCUGGAUGUGUUGCGUUCCAUCUGUGUCCAUUGCCAGCCUCUGCUGCUUCCUGCUGAGCUUCGGUUGUAACGCUGGAAUCACGGCAGCAGUGUCGGAGGAGCAGCGUGUUAAUGGGACUUCCCGCUGGAGCAUUUUGAGAGGUUUUUUUCUGCCUUUUUGCUGUGCUUCCACAGCAAAAUCCUCAUCUAGCUGACAGAUCUGGCUUUAUAAUCAAGACUUCUGCAUGUAACUGCUUCCUGUCUUGCCUAAAAUAUUUGGAACCAGGCUUGGAGAGUUCAAUUUUGUGUUUUUAACAUAGGGCAGCUGGGCUGCUGCCACUCGGUCUCUUUGAAACCUGCAACAAGCAGUUCAGUUAGGACCUUGUAAAGCCAGAAAUCUUUCUAAAUGACACGACCUUGAUGUACAAGCCCAUUUUCGGCAGCUUCUUUUUAGAAAUGGGUGAUGUUUAAACCAUCCUGCUGCGCUGUUUUCCUUGCAAAGGGACUGGUUUCAAGAAUGGAGUACACACUGCCAACCUGCGUAAACGCUGCUGGUCGUCCAUGCUGAGUGGCUACAGUGGGUGCUCAGUGUCUGAACUGUCUCCUGCUUUCCAGGAAAGUCAUUAAUUUGUCAGGAAAUCGUUUGCUACCAGCCAAUACUGCUGGAGCCUGUAUUUUUUUUCACGCCUAGUUCUUAGACGACCGAGUCCUUUAAAUUGGAAAAGGUACAUGAUCUUCCACGUGGCCACCUGAGGGCAGGCUGCAGCCUGGCUCCCUGCAGUACAGGAGUACAGCUGGGAGUGUCUCUCGCUCUGCUAGCGACUGUGGGUCGUGAUUUACCACAGAUCACGAACUUGGCUCUUCUGAGUCCAUCAGUGUAUUGCAGGGUGACGGAGGUCUCUCAUUCCAGCUCCAGUCUGCGUCCUGUCCUGAAACCCCAGUUGGGAAUGCCCCUGAAUACAAGUGUGUACAGCUACUGAAGGGCGGAUUGCUCCUAUUCCUUGUAAAAGGCAAAUGUUAAAUGCAAAAAGGUGCUUAGAGAAGGAAGAGAAAAGCAAAGUGUGGGACUCACUCGAAUGAAAAUAUUUCAUUUUUUCCUAACAUCGGCUAAUCCGGGUGCUGAAAAAGGUAAGCUGUGAGCAGAGAGUUUCUCAUGAUUCUGGGAGGAAACCAAAUGGGUCUCGCUGUGCUUAUGGGAUCCACGUCCGUAGCAGAGAUUCUGCUUUUAGUGUGUGUGCCUGUCUGGGCCUACUUUAUUGCAAGAUGAGCUUUGCUGUGGAAGCUUUACCCUGAAGGCUUUACCGUAGGCUUCACUGGCUUCAUGGAGGUUUCUGGGGGGACACUGUCAUGGCAAAUACCCACAGCCCAUUGGAAAUGGAACCCGGAAUUUCAGACGUUAGCUAAAUGCCUGCUUUUUGGAGAAUCUGUGGAGGUGGUGUGAAGCCUCGCUCUAGUGACUGACCAUCGUCUCCCUCAUGCUUCUCGAAGUGGAAGAAACAAACGCAGCGAAACAAAAUAAGUUGGUGAAUGCGGAGUAGGCCCAGAUGUCUGGAGGGUGAAAAAAAUGAUACUCACGUGUUCAUUCAGUACUAGUGUAGAGGUUUCACCCACUGGCCAAAAUCCAUCUUUACUCACAAGCACACAAAACUCUGGGUCUGUACACUCUAUUUCAUACUGUUUGCUGAAUCAUGACCUCUUGGGAAUUAGGCAAGAACGUGAAGAAACCAGUGAACGUGACCUAGCCUUCUGCAGCCCGUGGUACUUCCAAACUGCCUCCCAGUGCACCAGCGUGACUUCAGUUUUUGGCGUUAAAGAAAGUAGAUGAUCUUCCAGGUGACCACAGGAGGGCAUAGUGCAGCUUGCCUGUUCCUUCACAGCUAAUUAUUUCCUAGUUUUCGCUCAUUCAUGGUUAAUUUGAGGUUGCAGAUUCAUUUAUAUUUCUGCUGCCAGGUCAUCUCCAAGACAAGUAAAUGUGUUUAUACCAGAAAGAGAGACUAUUUGUAGUAUUUUCAACAAGUGCAGGAGGACAGCAAGAUAUAUUAUUUCUCAGUUAUUAGCUGGGAAGGUUAUAGAAUGGAGAACAGUUUCUGCUUAGGUGAAGCCAGAGCAGUUGUGAUGAGAGUUACCAUUAAAAAACCUAUUUUCGGUCUGCUACCUCAAGCUCUCUACUUCUCUGUUGGAGGCUGACCCCUACUUUUGGGUCUAAGACUGUAGGGAAGUGCCUUGUUACGUACAGAGAAGUAUAAAAUGAGUCCUUGGAUGGGGACCUGAAAUGUUCAGAUAAACUGCUCAGUGUACGUAUUCCUGGUUUACAUUUCCACCUCCGUCAGGGGGGGAAGGUCAACCAUUCUUGAUUCCAGUUGUUGUAAGCGUGGCGUCUGAUGUGCCAUGCUCGUAGGGACUUUUGAGGAACGCUGCUAGUGCCCGUCUUCAGGCAGAGGCAGGAAAGAGGAGAAGAAGCAGGUCCUGCCCGUCCGUCCUCCCCAGCUGCGUGGUGCUGCCACUCCUCUGGUGUCAGAUGGAGCGAUUGCGCGGUGGGAGGAGGCGGCUGAAGGAUCUGAUCCGUCGGAAAACGGCGCUGCCAAGAACGUGACUCACCGUCCAUCUGCCUGUGGCUGCCCCUGGCAGGGCCCUUCAGUGGCAGCCUGAAGUCACUCCUCAUUACACGGCGUCUGAAAUCACCACCUAAGGAUGUGGGUUUUGGAGGGGUUUGUCCGGUUGUAGCUGUGGGCUGUAGCGGGGAGGGGUGAUCCCACCGCUGCCGUGCCUUUGGUCAGACCUUUCUGCCCCCUCCCCUGUGACUCCUGCUCCAGCAGCAAGCUGCUCAUUUGGAGGGGAAGGGGCGGCUGGAAGAGUGGUGGGAGAAAGGCAGAGGGGUGCGUGGGGGAGAAGGGUGUAGUUACACUAUGCUCAUAUUCCCUGCGGCAAACCUGGUAGCCUGCACGUGGGAAUGUUUUGAAGUGAUGUUUUUUGAAGGGCACUGCGUGUAUGAGGUGUGAGGCCAGUAGCCCUGUGACAUUUGGUUUGUCUCCGCUCAGUGAACUGGUCAAGAGAUCCAGGGUGGUGGAUCUUCGCUUUGCGCAGAGUUUUGAGCGCGCUCUUUCUCUCACAUGCCUUUGGUAGGCUCUUGUUGUGUUGUCCCAGGAGCCAUUUGUGUCUUGCCGCCACCUAUGUGCCGUGAGCUGUGCCGCCUGCCAUCGACUUCAUGCUGCUCCCCAGGGGAUCCGCAGCCGGCGGGGAGAUUGUCUGCCAGGAAUCUCACCAUCCUUCUGCUCUCCCCUCUGCCCUGGCAGGAGGUGAGCUCAGCUGGGUUCACUCUGUGUUCCCCUGUGACAUGAAUUUCGAGUUGGCCAGCAAAGCUCUGUUUCACAACAUCUUCAGGGGAUGGAUGGUGUAGUUUUUCCUUCUGCUCCUGAAGAGGGGAAUAGACCGUAACAGAAUGAAAGCCUUGGGAGAUGGGGAGCCUGGGAAGGUCCAGGACAACCUACCUCCCCUGGCUUUUUUUUGCUGGGACACUGGCACUGACUCCAGGCUUUCCAAACUCUGCUGGUGCUCAGCGCCUUGCUGCCCUGUUUGGGGGUGGCAGGAGGCUGUAAAGGGAGUACGGAGGCCAGGACGCAGUGUAGGAAAGAGGGAUUUAAGAAUGCGAGAGGAUGAGCGACACUGAGACACCCUGGGGCACCUGUAGGGUUAAAUGGCAGGGUGAGGGGGGACGCGAGGGAACGUCCCCCUGGAGCACUGGGGGAAGGUUGGAGAUUGCUCCCGUAGUCGGGGAGCUCUUGCUUGGCUGUUCAGAGCAGACGUAGCGUCCUUGGUGAAGCAAGGUCUUCUCCUGCCGCGUUUAGUGUGCUGUGCCAGCCUGCAGUGGGUUGCAUCACCUCGUCCUGCCCAUUAUCAAAAUUAUAGCGUGUUUUUUCCUAUCAGGGUUGGGAGAGAUGGUCGGGAGGAGGGGAGUAGCUGCCACCCCAGUGUGGGCUGUGCAGUGAAGCCCCUGAUUGCGUCUCCCAUGUCGCGGCUUCCAUCUCUGCCUGCCACGGGGAGCUUUCCUUGGGCCGAGAGCAGACGGCACGGAUUGUGUUCUCCGCUGACCAUGGCUCGCUUGGUGGUGUUGCUGAGCCGGCUCUUAUCCUUCCUCCUAUCGGUUUUAAUUAGAAAACUCUACAGCCCACAGCUUGGUUUUGUGAGGGCUGCCAAAGACGUCACCAAGGAAAGCCAAAAAGAGGAUGACCAGCAAACUUUGUUAAUGAGCGGAGGACUAAUGAACUCUUUAAUUAGCAGGUGUGCAGGUGCAAGAAGACGGUGCAGUGAGAGAUGUGCGCUGUGACAGCAGAAGUGUGCAAAGAGGCAUCAUCCGAGUGCCUGACAUCGCCUCUGACGGGGCAGGAGCUGCUCCUGCGUCCCUGGCCCGGCUGUGCUUCCUGCCCGCCGGGAAACAAGGACGGCAGCGCCUCGCGGACAACGCCUGAACCUCCUCUGAGGAGGACAGCUAGCUCCGGCUGGGGAGCUGCUCCUGGACUGAGGGCUUCCUUCUGCUACGUAGGGAAAUGCCAGCCAGCCCCCCAUGUGCCCACCAUCACUGCUGGCCUUUCACCCUCCGGCUCACCUCAUGCCACUGCGUGCUGGGUUCCGUUCUGCCUACUGCCGGUCUCAGCUGCUGGACUUGUAGUUCUCGUUGCUGGAUCAGAGCUGCGGCUGCGUCGUCCUGUCAGUCCUGAGUUUCCCUCAGUAGGCAGCAUGCUCUGGUCGCCAUUGCCUGGAGCACGUGUUCGGGAAUCCCGCCAGCCUGGAAACUGAAAUUUCCACUCUUUGUGGAAGGAGUGAGAACGAGCCUGCAUAAAAAACCGACGUUUUCUUUUCUACUGCCUGAAACAAAGCAUUUGGCAAGCUGCGCCCACCUGCCUCUGGGUAGUGUGCUAAUUAUUUGAGAAAUUGCUUAAAACUGGGCACUGGUGCCUGGUGCCAGGCUACUCCUGUGUCCGCCUGUCGCUUGUUUAAAGUGCUGUUCUGGAACCAGAGAGCCAUUAAUUACAGCCCCAGUGAGACGGGCUAUCUCUUCUGAUAGAGAUCUCCGGAGGGCUGCUUUAAUGGCACUGUCAGAUGUUUCUGCAUUCCUACAUGGAGCAAUUACUUAUCCCGUGUAAUUUGCCCACUGAUUGAGGAGUUCUUCCACAAGAUAUGAUAUUUGUUCCCCUUCCACAGCGCUUGGUGUUUUCUUCCUGCUUUAGUUUGGCAGCUGGUGGCAGCCAUGCUCAUGGUCAUCUCAUCUUCUUCCAAAAUUCUUCUAUCCAACACCUCAUUCCCUUUAACGGAGAUCUCUGCUGUUCCUGUGGGUGUUUCAUGGCAGUUUAGGCCAGUUUCAACUGCACUUGUGCCAGGCACUUUGCAGUACUGGUGCCUGCUGUGGGAUUCGGUGAGUCUGUGUUUCGGUGGGAUUUGUGCAGUGCGUUGAUGGGCACGGUGAGAAGAUUCCCCUGGUGCAGCCCUGCAGCUCGCUGGCUGCGUCCUGUCCCUCGGAGCUGCACUUUGUCCAAGCAGGUGGAUGUGGAGACAUCUCUGUCAUUAGUUACAUGGCAUCGUUCUGCUUCAGUGAGGUGGAGGGACUAAGGGGCUACUGCUCAGGCAGUUUCUAUGCUGAAUUGCCUCAAAUCCUAAAGGUUCCUAUUUUCCCCAGCUGGACUGACUUUCCAUGUGGAGAUGCGGACCUGAGAGGCAGCAGGCAUCUCUUGAUGGUGCAGGUGCUGCAUCAACAGGGGCACAGAUUGUACGUCUUGAGGCACCCAUUUCUCGCCUGACGUCUUUUCUAGCUGUUUGGGAGAUGCAAGCAGUCACUCGAGUCUCUUCUGAUGCCAGUGCUGUUGGAGCCCCCUUUGCCCUCGGAGCGCUGCAUCCCAGGUGACGGUCCGUAGGAGCUCAGAACAUCUUUAUGGGCAGAGGCACCCCUGGGCCUGGCUUUUGGAGUUGACGCCAGGGAGCCCGUGUCUUCAGCUCAGCCCUCAGACAGAGACGUGCCUUCUGUCAGGGUCCAGAUUUCAGAGGUGUCUUUGGUGGCCUCCGUAUGUUCAAAGCUUGUCAUUUUGCUGGUGGGGCCGAUUAUCUCACUGGACCUCCCAUCCCUGCCAUGGAAUUUGCAGCCGCUGCACAUUUGUAUGGCAGCAACGUGGGUAUGGGGGAUGGCUUUAAUUAGCUGAGUCUCGUCUGGGACCUGGAGGCCGCCAGAGCGUGGAGAAGUCCAUUGGAAACCAGCAGAGCCCCAGGAUCAGAUACGGGUGGUUGUGUUGAAGGAAAAGACCUGCAUGGAGCAGCAGAUCUUUCCUCGAGAUUGGGGGUUAGCAAGGCGGAAACAAGCCACAGCGCUGGUCUGGCACCUCCCAAACGCUUAGGAGCGAUGGCUCCUCCCUUGGCAGUUUGCUUUCUCCCCCCACCCCUUUGCCGUGUAUAUAAGGCCCCCUCGAAGCAGCCUUGGCACAACACAACCCACCCCAGCAAGGCAGACAGUGAGCUGCAGCUCCACUUCCAGCACCUCUGCUCUUGAGGAGAGUGACCCAGACGGCCUUCAGCAUGGACAGAUGCAGAGUUCAGUGCUACGACUACCCCACCUGCCCCGAUGUGAAAGCUCCUAGAGAGGAGGUUGCCUACGUGACCUGUACCUACAGGGAAACAUGCAUCGACCAACCUGACUACCUGGCCACCAUCGAUCUCAACCCCAGAUCUCCAUGUUAUUGCCAGGUGAUCCACCGCCUGCCCAUGCCCAACCUCAAAGACGAGCUGCAUUCCUCGGGGUGGAGCGCUGGCUGCGCCUGCUUUGACAAUGUCACAACGAAAAGGAACAAGCUGAUUCUUCCCUGUUUGAUUUCUUCCCGCAUUUACGUGGUGGAUGUGGGGUCACAGUGCCGGGCUCCCAAGCUGUGCAAGAUGAUUGAGCCAGUGGAUGUCUUCUGGAAGUGCAACAAGGGAUACCUCAACGUACCUCGCAGCCUGCCCAAUGGCGAUAUUCUGAUUGCCAACACGGGAGAUCCGUCUGGCAAUGCGAAAGGUGGCUUCAUUGUGCUGGAUGGAGAGACCUUUGAGCUGAAGGGGAACUGGGAAAACGAGUGUGAGACCCCCCCAAGUGGAUAUGACUUCUGGUACCAGCCGCGCUACAAUGUUCUGAUCAGCUCUGCCGGAGUAGUCCCAAAACGCGCAGGACGUGGAUUUUGUCCCAACGACUUGAAGAAAGGGGUCUAUGGGCGCCGCCUGAACGUGUGGAACUUGUCCUGCCGCUCCCUCAUCCAGUGCUUUGACCUGGGGGAGGACUCUCUGCCCCUGAGUGUGAAAUUCCUGCACAACCCCGAUGCUGCCGAGGGAUACGUCAGCUGUGCCCUGAGCGGCAUCGUCUACCGCUUCUACAAGUGCGAGAGAGACAACUGGGCAGUAGAAGAGGUGAUUCGGAUACCGGCCAAGGACGUGACGGGAUGGAUUAUGCCCAAGAUGCCAGCCUUCACCGUCGACCUCAUCAUCUCAGUGGAUGACAGGUACCUGUAUCUCUGCAACUGGUGGCACGGAGACAUCCGCCAGUACGAGCUCUCCAAGACCUGCAAGCCCCGGCUGGUGGGACAGGUGUUUGUGGGAGGCAGUAUCCUCAGAGGCGGACCCGUGACUGUGUGCCGAGACGAAGAGCUGAAGUGCCAGCCGGAGCCCUUGGUGGUCAAGUGCAAGAGAGUGUACGGCGGCCCCAGCAAACUGCAGCUCAGCCUGGAUGGCAAGAGGCUGUACGUCACCAACUCCCUCUACAGCACCUGGGACAAGCAGUUCUACCCCAACGUGGUCAGGGAAGGCUCUGUCAUGCUGCAGAUUGAUGUGGACACUGAGAAGGGAGGCCUGACGGUGAACAAGAACUUCCUGGUGGAUUUUGGAAAGGAGCCCAAUGGGCCUUGCCUUGCCCAUGACAUCCGCUUUGCUUCUGGGGAUUCCACCUCCGAUAUCUUGGCCUAGGCGCCACGUGAAAGACUCCCUUCUUCUCUCUCUCCUGUAGUGCAGCCGUUAAGAAAGAGCGUAGGGUAAUUGGGUCGGGGGGUCCCCAUUCAUUGCUGGAGUCUAGAUUUCUGCUAACAUGAGCUACGGAAGCUCUGCCUUGUUGCGAGGGUUUGGUUGGGGCAGAGCAGUGAACAGAGACACAUGGCACGUUUUCAGAGUUGUUUGCAGUGCAAAGCCAUCCCCGGGCAUGAUUCCCAGGGCAGAGCCCGGGGCAAUUGCUGAGACGUGGAGAUGUGCAGGACGCACAGUGCCUUUCGGCAGAUAUCUGCAUACACACCGUGCCUCGAUUGAUUGCUAGGGGCCUGUCGGACACCUGCCUUGUCAUCCCCAGCCUUUUGGCUAUUGCUGUCUAGUACUGGAGACAGGAGCAAGGUGUGGAACUCUCAGUUAUGAUUCAGAGCCUGUUCGCCCUUGAAAACUAAGGCAAAAGAAAGUGAAGUGCCCAGUUCGUCUGAGUUGCUGUUCUUCAGCCAGGUCAUUCCUGGAUGGUCUUCCCCUGGCACGAGAGCCCUCCUGGCUCCCUGGCACGUGCUUGGGUCGCUCUGCGUCACCGCUGAAGGAAUAUGAAGUGCUUUAUUUUGAAAAGAGGUGCCUGCUUCCUGACACUGGCUUG